ACAUCAGUAUUUAACUGUAAUUUCAUAUGUAGUGGUACCUAUAUAAAUAUUGUUUUGCGGUCAGAACACUACUCUUAACUGAAAAGUCUUAACUUAUAUUUGUGUAUUCAAAAUCGAUAGUUCUCUUUAUAUUUGUUUUAAAGGAAUAAUUAAAUAUUGCAAAAUGAAUAAUAGUCGUGAAGGUAAUCGUAACAGAGAGGACGCCGACAGUGAAUUCUGGUGGGGGUUAGCCCUCGGCAUUGGAGCGGCAGCCGCAACUGUGGCGGGUGGAUUAUAUCUCUUGAGUAGAAUCGAAGAAGUUGAGAGUAGACAAAAUAUACAACACAUCAAGAGACUCCCGCGAGCUCGCACUUCAAGUAGCACAUCCGAAUCGCAUUUUUAUGCUAGAGGAUCAGACAUCAACAGAGAUAGUGCACUAGAAUUCGGGAGAAUAGCUUUUUCUGAUAGCUCAGCAUCAGAUCGACCAGUGAUUAAUAACUUAAACUCACUAUUGGAAGACCUCUAUGUGAGAUUCAUAGCGUUGAAGGAUGACGAUUUUGAGCUACAUUACCAAGUAUUCGAUACUAUAACUCAGGCGGUGGGAAGACAUUCUGACAGAUUACACAUAAAAAAACCCAAUAACUUUAAUAUGUACAUAGUCAUUGGUCUACCACUUAAUAAGAGAGAAGAUCUCUUUAAUCCUUGUAACAGUGAUAUAGUGUUGGAACCCUUGAGCAAUGGAUAUAUCAAACUAAAAAUGGGUACGCAAUACCAAAGAUUGCCCAUCAGAGACGAGUGGGAAAUAAACAAGACGGCAUAUAAAUGGAAAGUAGAUAACGUUCCAUAUGUUAUUCGUACGUCGGAGUCAGGUCCUGCGAUAACUUUAAAGAUAACCAACGAGAGUACUGGUUUCAAAAUGGACGUUGAUUUAGUACCAGCUCUGCAGUUUCCCGAGGAGCGCUGGCCAGUUGGGAGUGGCUACCGCGACAUACCUGCUGAAUGUUCGAUGGGUGCCUAUGGAUGGAUGGUUGUGCCCGAACCGCUAAAGAAACUACGGGAUGCUUUAGAAAUGAAAGAAAUAGAAAAUUAUCAUAUAAAGACAUUGUUCUUUUGGGAGGUUGUAGAGCGGAAGUCAGAGCCAAGGUUUUGGAAUAAGCCGCCGUCUGAGCUCUUUAUAAUAAUGGUAAAGAGGUUGCAUCGGGCCAUGGCAAACAGGAAUAUUCCAUAUUUCUGGAAUAAGCAAUAUAAUCUCAUCGAGGGCGUUGCAUCUAACAUACUGGCAGGGUACGCUAACAAGCUGCAGAGACUGGUGAACAUUCUGGACGAUCCUACUAAAUACAAAAUGGUCGCCGAAUAUCUGUUGACUGAUGACGAAUAUGAAGCGUACAAACCUAUACUAUUUCGAUAGAUACUUGUAUAUCGUUAUGUAUUAGUUAUAUUUUGCGGGGUUUUGUAUGGCGCGAGUGGCAGAUUAUUAAAAGAAGAGACAAAAAAAUAUUUAAACAUAAAUUGCGCUUUCAACUAAACAUUUGAUUGAAACAAAGUAUUAAUUUCAUUAUAAUUCAUCAUCUUCUUACCCUUAUCCCAAUAAUUUGGGGUCGGCGUAAUAUGAUUUUGUCCAUAUUACAAAAAGACUUGGUUUUUAGUUUUACGACCGUUUAGUUUCAUUAUAAUUAUUAUAUCGAAUUUAAGUCUAAAAAUUUUACUCAAUACUGUAGUACAAACAUUACGCCACAACACGCCGUAUAUAAAUAUAUAACAUAACUUAUGUAUUACAUAGAUGAUAUUAAUAACUAUAUUAUAUAUAUAAUAAUAAUUUAAAAAUUUUAUAUAAAUUUUUUUUCCUCUUAACUGUAUAAAAUUGAUUUUUCUAUAAUAUGUAAUUAAUAAAGAUUUUCUAAUGUGUCUUA